AUGUCUCUGGAUGGUAACACAUCUGGGCCUAAAGAAUAUUCAGGACCAAUUGGAAAACAGCUAGCUAUUUGUGAAAAUAAACCUCUAGCAUCUUUUUGUGCAGUGGCUGACAAUGUGCCCAAAUUAUCUAAUAAUAUUAUGAAGGAACUAAGUACGGAUCAAAAGUAUCUCUACGAAAAGUGUCAUGCUGUAAUGACUGGUUCCUGUUCCCCGAAGCUAGCGAACCGCCAACCUGGGAAGAAGGCGCAUUCGAGAUGGCUCACUACUGCCAAUCGCAUACUUAGAUUUUAUAAUGGGGAAUUAUUUAUAUGGGAAGAUGCAGAAGACCUUUAUCAACAGUAUAUCUACCAUUGCAGCCCGUUAGUGAAGUGGUCGGACGAGUUACGGGCUAUUUAA